AUGGCCGGCAUUUCGGACGACGAGGGCGACUCGCGCACUGCUUCAGUCGGCCAAGCGCGAUCACAGCCGAAUCCCAACCCCUCUACCUCCGCAAAGAAAAAGUCGCGAAAGUCGAAGAAAGCGGCAAAGAAGGAACCGGUAGACUUCGUGCCGCAAGGCGCCAAGUUCAGUACGACUCCGCUAGAAGUUGAUCCAGAGAACUCCACCUCAUCGUCUGGAUCUGAUUCUUCAAACAGCGACAACGAACCCGAGCAGAAAAGCAACAAGCGACAAAAGAGAAAUGCGCCUACAGUGAGUUGGAAUCAAGCAAGCCGUAGUGCCAUUCGGACUACCCUUGGCGCGAAACCCGCGGCUGCAGCUGUCAAGAAUCAACAGGCCAAGUCAGCUUUCGACGCAGUGAAUGACAAGUUUUUCCGAAGUCGCAGCGCAUCUAUCUCGGAAGAGGAGGCACACAACAAGGGCGACGUUGGUACAACCGAAUCCAGCUCCAAGAUCGACCAAGAGCAAAAAACAUACUUUGUCGAUGAUUCCGAUGCUUCGGAUUCGGGAGAAGUCUCUGAAGGGGACGAUUCCAUGAUGUUGAAUAUCGGACAGCAAAGUAAUGGUCAUGACUUGAACGAUACUCAAGAUGAUGCAGUUGACCUCUCCACCCCGCCUUUCAUCGUCGAUCCUCUUCCUUCUACCCAAGCCGACAAGCCAUCCACGCAAGAAACCGGCAGUGUCUUAUCAGAGCCCUCAAUCACACAGCUUCCGCCACAGUCGAAAGCCGAGGCGUUUGCCGACUUUGCAGCAAGCUAUACCACAUCUCCGGCUAUUCUCGCUGAUCUGAAAGUCAAAGAUCUCGAGAUACAAGCUCGUUUCUUCUUUUAUAAUUCUAAUAUCAAUGAACUCGAUUUGACGAGACCUAUAUCGUGUACGGAAUGCUUGCAGGAGGGGCACCUUUCGUCUGUCUGUCCUACCAAGGAGUGCGAGAAUUGUGGCGCUUGGAACUUACACGAGGAUCGACUGUGCCCCUCUGUUAGGCGAUGUCAACGUUGUCGUGAAGCUGGCCACGAUGCCCAUCAAUGCCCAUCCAGUCUGAAAGCCUCGGCUGCAGAGACGCCAUGCGAUUAUUGUGGCUCUGAUACCCACACCGAAUUCGACUGUGAUAAAUUAUGGAAGUUUCCCAGAGUGCAGCCUCUGGACGGUCCAAUCAAAGUCCCAACAACGUCGAGCACAUUCUCCUUAAAAGAUUACACGCCAUCGGUAAUUACGAACCUCAAUUCCGUCAUUGGCCCUAAGAAGGCUGAUAAUCCGGGCAUGAGCAUCCGUCCCAGCCGAAUCCCCGCGGCGGUCGAGGAAAGAUUACUUUUAGAGGAGCUCUUGGCCAAAAUCGGGGUCUACAUGGAGAACAGCUUCCUCCGCCACCUCCUGGUCUCCCUCCAUUACCUCGUGAACCACCACCGCCAUUCCAGCCCAGAGAUUACCGGGAUCGAGAUGAUGACUUCAACAACAGACAACGAAGGCGAUCUCGUUCCCCUCCGUCUGGUUAUAGGCCGCCGCCAGGAAAUUUUUCGAGAGGAAGACCCGGUCCUCCUCCUCGAGGACGUGGUAAUGGCAGAGGCCGCGGUCGUGGCGGCCGAGGAGGKGACCAAUACCGUCCUGGCCGGCGGUAAAUAUGCACGAUGUUGUAUUAUUCUUAUUUGCGAGUAG